CACACCACAACCCUCUGGAAGAUCUACCAUCUGAGUGUUGGGUGGGUUUCGCACUUCCCGGGACCUGGGUCGGGGUCGGAGGCACUGAGGGAUUUGUAAACUUGCAAUCAAGAUCACCCACACUGAGCCCAGGGUCUCCUCUUCACUGUUUGAUAUUUAUAGGCCUGUCUCUACUCCAAGGAUUACAACAAAAACUCGCCAUGCCUCUGGGAACACCUGCCCCUCAAAACAAGCGGAAAAAGCUCACCAAGAUCAUAACAGACCUAUCACAUAUCGCUCAGGAUGAGGGUGAGGCAGAGAAAGAGGAGCUGGACCUGGGAACAAAGAUCAGGACUCCUAAAGACAUCAUGCUGGAGGAGCUGUCCUUGAUGAACAAUCGAGGCUCCAAGAUGUUCAAGAUGAGGCAGCAGAGAGUGGAGAAGUUCAUCUAUGAGAACAACCCUGACAUCUUCACCAGCGACUCGAUGGACAACCUCCAGAAGUUUGUCCCCUCUCUGGGAGGUCAGAUGGAUGGUGGGAUGAUAAAUCUUGGUGGGCAUUUAGUUAGCAAACAGACAGGACAUCUGUACAUUGGACAGGCGGGAGGGCCUCCAGUGCCUCCUCCGAAGCCUGGCAGCAGAGGUGCAGGAGCAGGCGGAGCAGGAGGUGCAGGAGGAGCAGGAGGAGCAGGAGGUGCAGGCGGGCUGGGCCAAGGCGAUAGCGAUGGAAAAGGAGGAGGGUCGAGUGACUUGUCAGGAAAAGGUGGGAAAGGUGGUGCAGGUACCAAGCAGAUCCUUGUGAAGACGUACAUAUCACCAUGGGAGAAGGCCAUGAAGGGUGAUGAGAGUCUCAUAGCCACUCUGAAAGCCUCAAUGCCCGGUCCUAUUAGCUGUAAAGAUCUGCCCAAGUACAAGUGUUUCAACAGGAGCGCUAUGCCCUUCGGUGGCUUUGAAAAAGCCAACCAGUUCCUGAAAUUCCAGCUGCCAGACCCCGAGGCAGUCAAGGAGGAGCCUGAACCCCCAGUGGUGUACCAACAUGACGUUGGCUGUCGGCCUUCUUUCAACCGCACUCCCAUUGGCUGGGUGGGCAGCAGUGAGCCGAGCAGCAUUCACAUGGAGACGGAUGCUGUGCCCUUUGAUGGAGAGACCGACGAGCUGUGAAACCAUACUCAUACUGUGAUCACACCUGCUGCGCACAUACACACAUGCAAGCAUGACUGCAUGUUAACACAUUAGCAUGCACACACAGGAUAGAUGAGCUACAAUUAAUUGUUACACUGAUGAUUUGAAUCUCUCAGCAUGGAUAACUGAAAGCAUACGAUAUGUGGUCAUGUUGUCAAUUUACUCUGUAUUUGAGUGUAAGAAUAAGAAACAGAAUUUGGUUUAAAUGUGUUUGUUAAGUUCAAGAAUGUUACAGCUUUUGUCAUUGAGGCAAGAAUGAAUCAUGUAUGAAGGAUAGAUUGAUGCUGUGUUACUGUUGUGCAUGCUACCCUAAUGUGAACUUGUUACCAUAUUUGUUAUGUCAUAUUUUUUGUUGUUAUGAUUCUCUGAUAUGUAUUUAACUCCUACAAACCCUAUGAAGCUGUGUAUGUCCUGGUGCAUAUGCAGAGUCUGUUGCUGAUUCAGCUCAGUUUCUCCACAAUAAACUGUAACAGUUAUGUCCCCAGUCAAGGAGCUAUGGGAC